CACGGACGUGGGGCUUUCCCUCUUUCUCUCUCUCGCUCCGCUCGCUCUCUAUCUCUCCCCAAAUGCCUCCUCGCCACCGCUGCCACCCGCUAUUUCCGCGCGACGCGUGCUCGCCGCACGAUCGGGACGCGAGUGCCCCGUGAGUGUCGUCGUGUCUCGCCGUGAGAGGGUUGAUGAGUGUUCGGUGCCCCAGUGCUAGUGAUACGUUGGAAACGAAAAAAAAAACGAGGGAUAAUAUUGUAGACUGACUGUCUUUCUACCCCCCCUCUCUCUCUCUCUCUCUCUCUCUUUCUCUCUCUCUCUCUCUCUCUCUCUCUUUCUCUUUCCCUCCCGCCCUCUCUUUCGGCGGUUACAUUCAUUCAACGACGCGAUUGUUCCCAAGUGGAUUUUCAAUGUGAGCCACGCGCUCGCGUAGCGGUGGAUUGUGCGAUAAGAGAAACCGGAGUACAGUGCAUCGUGAGCGGUGUUUGAAUUGUCGAUCGACCACGCAACGAUCACGCGCGUGCAGUUGGAGUGCCACGCCACUCUAAAUCUCGAUCCUCGGAAUUGAGCGAGUGCGGGCAAAUAAAGAUCUAGCUCGGAGGUGGCAAGAAAUCGGCUCCGGAUCAACAUGGAUUGGACUCGGGGGAUCGGUCUGACCAGCUUGUUAUUGUUCUGCCUCGGACUGAUCGGGGAAACAAACGGUCUGAGGAUGCUGGAACUGAUAGUGCCACAGCACGCGGUAGUCGGGCAAAAUGUAAGCCUCGAGUGCAACUUUAAUCUGGACGGCGAGAAGCUGUACUCGGUCAAGUGGUACAAGGACGGCAACGAGUUCUACCGAUUCCUACCCCAGGAGAAGCCACCUGUUAUGGUGUUCAACCAUCCCGGUGUCACGGUACAUAUUCACGAAUCUACCCAACGAACGGUCGUCCUUCGUUCCGUGAACCUCAUGAGCACAGGACGCUACAGAUGCGAAGUUUCGGCGGAGGCGCCGUCUUUCCAGACUGUUUCCGACCAUUCGGAUAUGACGGUAAUCGCACUACCGGACGACGAGCCCGUUAUCACGGGGCGACCUGGGAAACAUCGUUAUCAAGUCGGCGACAUCGUGCGGUUCAAUUGCACUUCGGCGAAGUCGAAGCCACAUGCCACGCUCAGCUGGUUCAUCAACGGCGAACCCGUCGAGCAGCAGUUCUUGAGACCCCAUCCCCUCGUCAGGGACCGGAACGAUCUGGAGACCUCCACACUCGGUCUAGAGUUCCGUCUGCGCCCGAAGCACUUCAAGAAGGGAGACUUGAAGAUCAAAUGCCUGGCGAGGAUAUAUACCGUAUAUUGGAAAUCGAAUGAGCUCAGCAUAGAGGGUGAGAGGCCUCUGAAGAUACCGGUAAUGGAGAGCAGAGAGACAAGGGCGCAAGGGCACACGCACGCCGAGCAUAUCCUAGCAAGUGGAAGUAUAGCAUUAGGACCAUGCGUUGUGCUGGUAAUCAUGGGAUUACUGAUGUUGCGGUAAGGAUUGAGGACACAACUCGCCACCUUCGUGCUCAUCCUUCCCAAGCCUGCGAAAGCCACUCUCGCGAUAUGAUUACGUCAUAUAAAAUUACCCAUGUUGUUUAUAUUUUUUAUAAUUGCAAUUAGUGGAGUUAGAGAUCACAUAAUAAUCAAUAAUAGCCAGACGACACACUAUCAAACUAUGUUAGAACUUUACUCGAACGUUCGGAAAAAGUUUUCGUUGUAAAGAUAUGGAUUCUUUUUUUUUUUCUAGGGGCGAUAAAAAUAUUUCAGAAAAUUUGCGAUGACUUGGUUUGAUUUUCGAAUUAUAUCUCGCGUACAGUACGUGAAAAACACGACAAAUUCUUUUAUCAUAAAAAAAAAAAA